UUAUUUUUAUGAGGUCCUAGGUCCUGGCCCCUGAUUGGCACCCAAAAAAACCCGGGUAUGCUCAUCAUAUUUUGUGGCAGAGAACCAACCAUAACAUUCAUCAUCUUCUUCUUCUAUACCGCGCCUUAUCAGUAAGCUUAAACCAAAAACUUCAAUGGCUACUCUGAGCUUCAAUCCUACCAACUUCAGAGACCAAACUACUUCAAUUCCUUACAAACCCAUCUCCAAUUUCACUUCUUUUUCACAACCCACAAAAAUUUCAUGUACUUCAACUUCUCAUACCAUUUCAAACUCUUCCACCCUCAAAACCUCAUCAAACUGCAAACGACGCCGUUUUCUGGUCAAUUCAGUCUCUGAAAGCUCAAUUGAAGAAGCUGAAACUAUUGAAGAUGUUAUUGAUGAUGACCCGACUGCAGAAAUGAGUUUUCUUGACCCGGGAACUGAACCCGAAAACAUUACUGAAUGGGAAUUGGAUUUUUGCUCUAGACCCAUUCUUGAUAUCAGGGGUAAAAAGAUAUGGGAACUUGUUGUUUGUGAUAAUUCUUUAUCUUUACAAUACACAAAGUAUUUCCCCAAUAAUGUUAUUAAUAGCAUUACUUUGAAGAAUGCCAUUGUUACCAUUUGUGAUGAAUUGGGUGUCCCUCUUCCUGAGAAAAUUCGGUUUUUCAGGUCUCAGUUGCAGACCAUUAUAACCAAGGCAUGCAAAGAGCUUGGAAUUAAACCUAUUCCAAGUAAAAGGUGUUUAUCGUUGCUUCUCUGGUUGGAAGAACGGUUUGAGACCAUUUAUACGCGCCAUCCAGGCUUUCAGAAAGGAGCAAAGCCUCUUAUGGUGUUAGAUAACCCUUUUCCUACGGAACUCCCUGAGAAUCUGUUCGGAGAUAGAUGGGCUUUUGUCCAAUUGCCUUAUUCAGCGGUGCGUGAGGAGGUGGAAACCUUGGAGAAGAAAUUUGCAUUUGGUGCUAGUUUAGAUUUGGAUUUGCUUGGUAUUGAUAUUGAUGAUGACACACUAAUUCCUGGUUUAGCUGUUGCGUCUUCACGUGCCAAACCUUUGGCAGCUUGGAUGAAUGGAUUGGAAGUUUGCUCCAUUGAAGCUGAUACUGCCCGGGCUUGCUUGCUCUUGUCUGUGGGAAUUUCAACCCGAUAUAUUUAUGCUACAUAUAAGAAAACACCCGAGACAACACAAGAAACUGAGGCAUGGGAAGCAACGAAGAAAGCUUGUGGAGGCUUGCAUUUCCUUGCCAUCCAAGAGGACCUUGACUCAGAUGAUUGUGUUGGGUUUUGGCUCCUCUUAGAUUUGCCACCACCACCUGUAUAAUUCGCGCACAUUAAACUUUGGGCAAGCUUGAGCAAGCGAUAGGCAAAUACCCAUUCAUUUUCUUGAACAAGAGCCUCUUUCUCUUUCAAAAAAAAGAAAAAGAGCCUCUUUCUUGUAUAUUCUAUUGGUUAAGAAUGGGCGACUUUGUAAGAUAUAAAGACUUAACACAGCGUUAUGAGAAAGACAGCUUUUUUGUAG